GCCGGCCACCACCAGCACCCCAACCACAACCCUGCCACCGCCACCCCUACCUUCCGCCGGGUUAUCGUCCUUCCGAGCAUCAAACGGUCAUUUGUACGCAGGACGAGGCACGGCAACGAUCGUGAACGAUCGAACGGUCCAGCACCAGAUAUCCGGUUACCGGAAGCGACAGCUUUAUGCAAGUGCUGCACCACGACGCAACGUUACCGGCAGGUACGGGUCGAACUGCACCACAUUUCUCCUUCGUAAAUCACAUCCAUCAUGAGCUUUGCCUUCGUUUCCAGCACCGACGGACAGUUUGCCAAAGAGUUUGUCCCAUCGCCCGAGGUGGUACCAUUUUUCAACGAGGAAAACUCUGGUCCCGGCAGUCCAAUAACGACCGGUGCGGUAGAUGCAUCCUUUCCUGCCGAACUUUCCGAUGGUGACUCACGGUGGUAUGCCGGUGGUAUGGGGCUGUCCGGAUAUGUUAAAGCGCCCUCUGGUAGCGGCUCAUCGGAGGAAUCGGGAAAGUGGGAUCACAAGUACACCUGGACGACUCCAGCGGUCCGACAUCAUCAUCUUCAUCAACAGCAGCACCAGAAUGUGGCGAUAAAGUUCCCACAAGAUCCUACGCCCCACUUCCCAUCGCCCAAGGGCAAGUGGAAAUGGAUUCCGGAAGAGGAGGGCGAGUCGUCGGAAGGUACCAAGAGCCAACGUCCAACGGUGGGCGAAACGCCAUUCUCCUCGUCAGGAUCGUUCGAGGAUCACCAUUUUGGACGACAUCAUUACACGUUUCCGACGGCAAGCAAGAACCAUCCUUACUCGUUCGAUCGCACUCCACUAGAGGGCACUUUUAGCGGUGAUCCAGUGUUAGUAGGCAAUAGUAGUACCGUCAGUAGUAAUCCUAGUAGUGGUGGUAGUAACAGUGGGAGUGGUGUUAGUACAGAGAGUACCGAAACAACCAAUGGAAUCGGAGGCCUAACAGACAUUAAGCUAGUUGGCAAGGAGGAUGCUCAUCUUAAAAAUGUUUCACCGUGGAAGAAAAUCAUUCACGUUCUGAGUGCGGCUAUUCCGAUCGGGUUGCUCAUAUCGGCGCUCACGCCACAGGUCGUUUACAUCAACCCGAACGCCACGCAACCACCGCUACAGCUACAGACACCGACCCCUGUCAGCAGUGCAGGCGUAUCCGGCACCGGCAUACGUCAGCGCAGCCUCGGACAGGAUGUGCCACGGUUCCUGCUGGCCCAGCGCGGUCUCGGUACGGAUCCGGUCGCGCUGGUCAAACUGCUCCGCAAGCUCAACGCACUCGAGCAGCGUGACACGGUCCAGCAACUGGCCGAAGACGACGCCGCCAUGAACCGUUUAAUGGACGCCGGCAGGUUGCAGGGCUGCGAUUGGAAGCUGCUCUGUCAGCUCGCGCGCCAAGGAAUGUCCGGCACGGCGAAGAUGCUGUGGAAAAUUGUCAGCGAGACACCGCCGGAAUGGACGGGCCGGCUCGGGCUGGAGGAGAUCUUCCGCAUCAUACGGGACGGUGAUUGUGAUCGGUUGCAGCGCACCUGCGACCAGGACACUUGACCGUACCGCGCUGCAUCGGCACGAAUGAAGAGAGGGUGCAAUAAUAAAACAAAACGGACGUCCACGUCCAGCCGCACAAAAAAACCCGCUUCGGGCAUCGUUUUAACAAAGCGAAAGUCGAUAAAGUGCAUCUUCGGUGUUUUGCCGGGUGCCCGGGGUUGUGCA